UAAAAAAUUAGAUUCGACAUAUCUCACUUCACUAAUUACUGAAAUGUAAAAAAAAGUCUGACAUCCGCUUCGAGUCCGGAUAAUGUUUCCUUACCAAUCACCAUUGAAGCCGUUGAUAUAAUCCUCCAGGAGAGGGCGCAUUCAUCCUGACCAAUCAGCAUGUGUUAUCUGUUUUCGUUUGUUCACCAUCGAUGUACGUCUUAACCGUUUUAACAGUCUCCACAUUAAUAACGAGAAAUUGCAUCAUCUAGACCAAUUACCCUACAAUCAGAAUAAAAAAGCAACGAUGACAAAGGUCACGGUGUUAGACGGCAGUUUUUCAACACAAGUGUCUCAACAUGUUGGAAAGAGUGCAGACGGGGAUCCUCUGUGGACGGCGCGUUUCCUGGCAACCUACCCAGACGCUGUUGUAUCAGCUCACCUCGAUUUUUUACGAGCUGGUAGCGAUAUUAUAGAGACUAAUACCUAUCAAGCCUCGGUGGAGGGCUUCAGCAAGUACCUCGGGAUGAGUGAGACUGACAGUCUGGAGCUCAUCCGGAAGGCUGUCGACCUCGCCACUCAGGCCGUCAACAUGUACAAAGAAGAAAUCGGGAGCAACGAGGAAGCUGUUAACAGAUAUCCAUUAAUUGCGGGAUCGUGUGGACCAUACGGGGCGAGUCUCCACGACGCGAGUGAAUACACGGGUUCCUACGGGAAAUGCGUGUCCAAGGAGUUGCUGAAGGAGUGGCACAGGCCGAGAAUCCAGACUCUGAUCAGAGCAGGGGUCGAUCUCCUGGCCAUCGAGACAAUCCCCUGCGCCGAGGAGGCAGAGGUACUUGUCGAACUCCUCAAAGAGUUUCCAGAUACAAAGGCCUGGCUAUCGUUCUCCUCCUCGAACGAUGGGAAGACCCUUGUCGAUGGCUCCGAUUUCAAGGAAGUGGCCCUCAACUGCUGGAGAAGGUCCAGACCCGGGCAGCUUGUCGCCGUGGGGAUCAAUUGUGUCGCUCCUCAUUGUGUUAAUGAAUACCUUGAGGCCCUCAGGGCAACUCCCGAGGGCAAGCUCGUGCCUUUGAUUGUUUACCCCAACAGCGGAGAGGUUUACGUGCCUGAGGAAGGCUGGAAGGGCGAAGCCAGGCUUGAGAUUGAGAAAUAUAUUCAUCAGUGGCUUGAUCGGGGUGUGCAGUACAUUGGGGGGUGCUGUAGGGUCAGUGCCCUUGAGAUUGCCAAGAUCAGGGCCCAGGUCGAAAGCUGGCGCUCGCAGGAGAGGGAAACUUCACUUUGAUUUUGGUUAUUUGAGGGAAUAUUUGGGGUUUUUUUUCCUACAUUUUUCAGGCCUCGGUGCGCACUGAAAAAAUGUUUUUUUUCAAAUUAAUGUACUGGCUAGAUUAUCCCCAAAUUUCAAAAACAAAUAUUUGUAUCUUUUGGCGUGUGCCUGAUAAAUUUAUUUAGCAAAAGCACUUUUUCGCUCAGAAUCGAUAUUAAGGAAGUAUUUCGAAAAGAUCAGAAUAAUUAUGUUGAGGAGUGGUAAACUAGGAUAAGUGCAUUUUUUUCGAGGCUAGUUUUUACCGAAUAACUCGGACGUGAAGGGAGAUAGCGAUAUUUUUGAUAAUGCAUUUUUUGUAGAGAAAGGUGAUCGCUAUAAAAAAGUUAAUUAUCCAAAUAUCGAUAUUUCUGUUCAGUCCUGCUAUAUUUAGAAAAAACUCAUCUCGAGAAAAUGUGCACUUAUCUUGCUUUACGACUUGGCUACUGAAUUUGAGAUUAUCAUUGAGGCCUGGGUGAAUUAUCUCAAAGACAAAGUUUUAGUUAUCUAAUUACUGCGCCAAUCAAUUAUUUUUUUUCUGAAAUGGUUAUCUAUUUUCCUGAAAAAAAAAA